AUGAAAGUCAUCCCUAUUCCAGAUACAAAAGAAGUUGAACCUGCGAAAAUACUUCCAGUGGUUAAACAACAGGGUGUAACCUUAAAACACUUGAUCACAACACACCAUCAUCAUGAUCAUUCUGGAGGUAAUGAAAAAUUGGUUUCACUACUUCCAGGUUUGAUAGUUUAUGGUAGCGAUGAUCGAAUCCCAGCAUUGACUCAUGCUGUAAAAGAUGGAGAAGAAUUUAAAAUUGGAAAUAUUUCAGCAAAAGCACUCUUCACGGUUUGUCACACAUCGGGAAGUGUUAGUUAUUAUUUACAAGAUAAAGACGAUAAAGCCGUCUUUACUGGUGAUACAUUGUUCAUUGGUGGUUGUGGAAAAUUUUUUGAGGGCACCGCUGAACAAAUGCAUAAUUCUUUGAUCAACGUCCUCGGUAAUUUACCUCAGGAUACUAAAGUUUAUUGUGGUCACGAGUAUACAGCUAGUAAUCUUAGAUUUGCUGAAACAAUUGAACCCGAGAAUAAAUUUCUUAAAGAGAAAUCUCAUUGGGUAUCAAAAAAUCCCCAAACUGUACCCAGUACAAUUGGUGAUGAAUUAAAAUUUAAUCCAUUUAUGAGAGUUAAUGAGGAUAGUGUGAAAAAAGCAACUGAACAAAAGGAUCCUGUUGAGGUUAUGAGAGUUUUGAGAGAAAUGAAAAAUAAUUUCAGAUGA